AGCCCGGAGCUUUCGCUGCUCGGAAGGAUUGUGGAUGGUUCCGUGUGUCCAGAUGACUGGUUACAUUGCAUGAAAACGGGUAUGGAACGGGAAGUUGUCAACAAUGGUUUUGUGUAUCGUUGGGGGAGUCUCCAGCAAGUCCUGAAACUAGCCUUUCUUGGCUCUGAGACAGACCCUCUGGCUUCAUUCUGUGCAACUCAAGGAGCGUACAGGACUGGCAGAUGGGCUUCCACUGCCCGCUCUGUGUCCUCGUGCACUUGGACAUGCCAGUCCGUUGGCUGAAGCUCCAUCAACGUCACCAUUGCCACUACCGCUUAAUCAGGCAUGACGGCCGCCCUUCCAUCACAUUCUGUUUGGCACAUCCAAUUCUAUGGCUGGUCCAUCAUCAGACUUCAUGCAGGCAUAUGCCUCACAGCCACCGGCGAAUUUCUCGGUUCUUUUUCGUUGCUAGAUUUAUUCGUGCCGCUCUCCGUACGCUGCAUACCAGGGGAUACUGCUAAGGCUGGGAACACGUCAGUCAUGGCCUGAGAAUAGUAUACAG